AUGGUGCAAAGGACUGUGUUGAAGGUUGAUAUUUCAUGCUAUAAAUGCAAGAAGAAACUCCUCAAAGCAGUCUCUUCUCUCCAAGGUGUUGAUAAAGUUGAAGUGGAUGCAGCUAAGGGGACACUGACAGUGACUGGAAAUGCAGACCCGUACGAGAUCAUCGUGCGGACGAGGAAAGUCGGUAAAUUUGUGGAGGUGGUGAGCGUCGGGCCUCCUCCGCCACCGCCUAAACCGCAAGAGGCUCAGAAGAAGGCUGAAGAGAAGAAGACAGAGCAGAAACAACCCGACACAAAACCCCCCCAAAUAAUCCCUUAUCCUCAUAACUACCCAAUGUGUGAGAGAGUCGCUCUCGUCCAUCUGGACCGUUAUGAUGAACCCGGGCCGGUCUGCUCUAUAAUGUAA